AUGACUGUUUACAUUUGUCCAGAAACUGGAGAUGAUGGUAAUGAUGGUAGCGAGCUGAAACCUUUAAGGACGCUUUAUCAGGCAAUGAUAAUUACUAAGUCUUCCAAAGGUGACUUCUUAAUAAGGACAAAGAAAGAUGGAAAACAAAUAUGGGAAGCUGCUUCAAAGACGGCAUUGAAGAAAAGUUGGAAACAUUACGAGCAAGAAAUGUUGAAGAAUGAAAAAGUUGCUGCAAAGAUGUUAGAGAAGGAUGCGACAGAAGUGGGAGUAAAAGCAGCCCUUGAAGAAGCCAAAAAAGUGCAAAUAGAACUGGACACGAGUCUGUCAUAUAUCACUGGUGUGAAGAUUCGUGAUCUAGUUAAGCACCGUAAUGAACGUGUUUGCAUCAAAGGAUGGAUUCAUAGAAUGCGUCGACAAGGAAAGUCACUGAUGUUUUUCAUCCUUCGAGAUGGGACUGGUUUCCUUCAAGUACUACUCAUGGAUAAAUUGUGCCAGACGUAUGACGCUCUCACUGUGAAUACUGAAUGCACGGUUGAGAUAUACGGCGCAAUAAAGGAAGUUCCGGAAGGUAAAGAGGCACCGAACGGGCACGAGUUAAUAGCUGAUUUUUGGAAAAUAAUAGGAAAUGCACCUCCUGGAGGCAUUGAUAAUGUGUUAAACGAAGAAGCAAGUGUCGACAAAAUGUUGGACAAUAGACAUUUGGUUAUUCGAGGUGAAAAUGCUGCUGCAUUGCUACGUUUGAGAGCAGCUGCUACUCGAGCAAUGCGGGAACAUUUCUAUAAUGCUGGCUAUUUGGAAGUUGCACCACCGACUUUAGUGCAAACGCAGGUAGAAGGUGGAUCAACGUUAUUUAAUCUGGAUUAUUUUGGUGAGCAAUCUUUUCUUACGCAGUCAUCACAGCUCUAUCUAGAAACUUGUAUUCCCACUCUUGGUGAUGUCUUCUGCAUUGCUCAGUCUUACAGGGCGGAAAAAUCUCGCACUCGUCGACACUUGGCGGAAUAUGCACAUGUUGAAGCCGAGUGUCCUUUCAUAACGCUGGAUGAUUUGAUGGAGAAAAUUGAAGAACUCGUUUGCGACACAGUGGAUCGACUUUUAGCUGACGAGGAGGCAAAAAAAUUAUUGGAACACAUUAAUCCGAAAUUUCAACCGCCAGAAAGACCAUUUUUAAGAAUGGAAUACAAGGAUGCUAUUAAAUGGUUGCAAGAACACAAUGUUGAGAAUGAAUUUGGUAAUACUUUUACUUAUGGGGAAGAUAUUGCUGAAGCAGCGGAACGUUUCAUGACUGAUACCAUCAAUAAGCCUAUUCUACUGAAUCGUUUCCCGAGCGAAAUUAAGGCAUUUUAUAUGCAGAGGGAUGCACAGGAUAAUACCUUAACAGAAUCUGUUGAUCUUCUUAUGCCUGGCGUUGGCGAAAUUGUUGGUGGCAGUAUGAGAAUUUGGAAGUUCGAUGAACUAUCGAAAGCUUUUAAAAAUGUGGAAAUUGACCCGAAACCGUAUUACUGGUACUUGGAUCAACGUUUAUAUGGCACCUGUCCUCAUGGUGGCUAUGGACUUGGUUUGGAACGUUUUAUUUGUUGGUUAACAAACACCAAUCAUAUUCGCGAUGGUCGUUGUGGUGUGUGUUUUAUUUUCUCAGCAUUAGGAGCGCUUGAAAUGUAUGUGGCGCUCAGGACUAAAAAACGGCCGGUAAAACUAUCAGUACAGGAUGUAAUGGAUUGUAGUGGAAUGGAAAAAUGCAAAGGAAGAGGCGGAAAUGAACCUGCGGUUUUUCGUUGGGUUGCUGAGCACGGUGUAAAGACCGAUAAGAGUUACCCAUAUAAGGAAAAUGAUAGUGUUUCAUGCCCGAGAAAUACCCCACAACGACGAAAGUAUGGUUUAGCUGAUGCAUUCUAUUUACCUCCUAGCAAUGAACAAAUUCUCAAGAAGAUACUAGCACUAUAUGGACCAGUUUGUGUAUCGUUACAUUCGUCAUUACAAAGUUUUGUAGCUUAUCGAAGUGAAAAAGUAAAUCAUGCGGUAAUAGCGGUUGGUUAUGGUGUCCAGAAUGGGAUGGAAUAUUUUAUCAUCAAAAACAGUUGGGGCCCUACAUGGGGUCAAAAAGGAUACGGUCGUAUUCGCGCUGGGGUAUUUAUGUGCGGUAUUGGUCAUUUUUCGAACGUACCAAUCUUCAAAUGA